CUACUGAUACUUUGGUGGGUGUAAAAAUAAUUUUCCCGGAAUUCAUUGUUCUGGGUGGCGAUAUUUUUCGAAAACACCUGUUCGAAGGCGAUAUGAGCGCGGAGUGUGUAUGCGUGUGAAUUCGAAAUCAUAUGUUCUGCUGCGGAUUCAGGGUGAUCUCUGACUCCGCGAGUGACGCGCAGAGAGUGAGUGUGUUUACGUUUUUCCUGGAUAAGUUGUACGAGGAGGAGAGUGAAAUCAAAAAAACCGGACGCGUGUUUAAUAAAUAAUCUGGGCUGUGAUACUGAUUAGGCCUCAGAUGCCACCAAGCAGUCAUCGGUAUGACGUUGCCGGAGGUGAUUGGGAAUAAAUUCCUCUACUUUGCAUACGGGAGCAAUCUUCUUGCCAAGAGGAUUCACAUCAAGAAUCCAACAGCUGUCCGGAAAGAUAUCGGGAAGUUGAAAAAUCAUCGCCUCGAUUUCUUCUACUAUGCCACCCGCUGGGGCGGAGCGCCGUCCACCGUUGUCCCUGCGCCUGGGGAGAACGUGUGGGGCGCCAUAUGGGAGAUAGACAUGGAGAAUCUGGACAGUCUGGAUAAGCAGGAGGGCGUCCAUCGAGGCGUCUAUCAGCCACUGAGCUUGCCAAUUGAGACUCCGCGCGGGGAGACGCUCAUCUGCCGCGUGUACCAGCUGGUGAACAACCCAGACGACUAUCCCGUGAAGAAUGGCGUGCGGAUUGAGGAGCGCAAGCCAUCCUACUCCUAUAUUCAGGUGCUGAUCAACGGCGCCAUUGAGAGCGGUCUGCCAGAGUAUUACGUUGAAUUUCUCAAAUCCGUGGAGCACAAUGGCAAUCUCGGGAAGCCCGAAUUGAUAUCGAGUCUCAAUCUCAACCUCACCAAGAGCUCCAAGGAGAACUGAGCGUAGGUUAGGAGAAAGCGAAAAAGUGCAGUGUCAGCGUGUUUUCAGCUAAUCAGUCGUCAACCGUGAAAUUUUUAUUAUCACCAAAAAGACAACUUCACUGGGGCUACUUUGUUGUGUUAAGCGUUAUCUCACAUUGUUCUUGGCUCUGUCCGGGGCGUGCCAGACAAGCAGUAGCAUGUAAAGCAAGCGAAAUACAGCGAGAGAGUAUUAUAUCAAAGAAGCUCCACAAUCAAAGUCAAUUGUCGCGAGACAGUGCAAAUAUUUGGCUGCUGCUCCAUAAAAAAAGGUCGUAAAAAAGAGAAGCCACAAGGAUGGGGAGACACUGUGGGAUAGAGAAUGAAUUAUUGCUCCACGAGGAGAAAUUGCUGAAAAAUCCCCAAGGGAUUCACCAGAGUUAUUGAGGAAUUGAUUUGUGUGAAAAUGUGCGCAUGUUUCUUGAGAGUUUUCUAGGGGCCUCAGGACUAUUCACCCUCGCUGCCACCCUUUCCAUAUUGUCGAGAAAAGGCCAAUGAAUGGAUAAAUAUGUGGCGGAGAGCACGAGAGAGAGAGAAGUAUGUACAACUUACACUGCCACGUUUCACAAGUAUUUCCUUGCUAAGGUGGAAGCUUUCCUGAAAGUUCGCAGUAGAGUAUUCAAGUUAUUCACAGCUGUUUAGCUAAGAAAUUCUUCUACAUAAUUGGACUGUAAUUAUCUGUUCUAUACCACUGCAAAUCUAGUAAUU